AUGUGUGACAGCGAUGAAGCGGGGGACUCUGGUCGCUCCGGCAUGGAUUUGACUGGGUUUCUCUUCGGCAACAUUGAUGAAAGAGGCCAGCUUGAAGAUGACGGUCUUCUGGACGGUGAAUCUAAACGAAUGUUGUCUUCACUCACCCGAUUGGGUCUGGGUUCAAUGUUGUCCGAAGUUUUAGAAGAAGAAGAGACCAACAAAGAGGAUGAAGAAAAAGACUAUACACAAAAGAGUCCUUCAGCAGUUGACUUCUUUGAUAUUGAUGAUGCAGCUGAAGACGUAAAGGAGAUAGAAACUAGCACUAACCAAGAUGCACAAAAUGAUAUCACACACACAGAGGGCAACGAAAAAUCCAAUGUUAAGUCUGAGGUAGAUGAUACAGAUUGUUCACAGAGUGAAGAACAGACUAAAGAUGGAAAUUGGAAGAAUGAUAAUAUAUUUGAACAGAGUGUGAGGACUAACGAUGAGGGGUAUGAAGGAGAUAUGGAGGGAGAUGGUGAACUUAUGCCACCACCAACCACCAUACCGUCGAAGCCAGGUCAAUCAGAGAAACCUAAAAGAUUGGAAACACCACUGGCAGCAAUGUUACCAUCUAAAUAUGCUAACAUAGAUGUCAGAGAACUUUUUCCAGAUUUUAGGCCAGAUAAAGUCCUUUUAUUCUCACGCCUCUUUGGACCCGGAAAGUUAUCAAGCUUACCUCAAAUAUGGCGGGGCGUAAAAAAGCGCAGACGGCGCAAACGUAGUGGCAGUACCAGCAGUGAUACGCCACCUACGGCUUUGGAUAACCAGGAACCUCAGUAUGCUAGCGACGAUGAAGAUAAGUUCUUGAAGCCAAUGGAAGAAACUCAGCAAGGAAAUAACGAUACUAAUAAUACACAAUCUGGCGACAAAUCGCAAAGACCGACUCCAGCUCACUGGCGGUUCGGGCCAGCUCAAAUGUGGUAUGAUAUGCUAAAUGUACCUGAAACUGGCGACGGAUUUGACUAUGGAUUUAAAAUUAAGGCACCUUCUCCAGAAAGAGAAGAGCAACCUAAACCCAAGGAAGCUGAAGAAGAAAUAGUGGAAGAACCAAAGCUGGAAGAGGACCCUGACAGUGGGUUCCCUGAUGAUUCUUUUCUUAUGGUAUCACAGUUGCAGUGGGAAGACGACGUCAUAUGGGAUGGCAGCGAAAUUAAACAUAAGGUGCUCGCCCGCCUAAAUAGUAAAAGUAAUGCAGCUGGGUGGGUACCGACGUCGGUAAGCCGUACCGCUCAACAGUUCUCACACCCGAGACCACAACCUCCUGCGCCUAUGCAACCGAAACCAGCCACGGCCACAUCGUCAGCUAACAAAGGCCCCGAUAAUGCUGCUGAUGGUGAAGAUAAUACUUGGUACAGUAUAUUCCCUGUUGAAAACGAGGAACUAGUCUAUGGUACUUGGGAGGACGAAGUUAUAUGGGACGCGGAGAAUAUGCCAACAGUACCAAAACCAAAAAUAUUGACGCUCGAUCCAAACGAUGAGAAUAUUAUAUUGGGCAUACCCGAUGAUGUUGACCCCUCGAAGAUUACUAGAGAAAGAGGUCCAGCUCCAAAAGUAAAGAUCCCACAUCCCCACGUAAAGAAAUCAAAGAUUCUACUCGGCAAAGCGGGUGUAAUCAAUGUACUGCAGGAGGAUGCGCCGCCACCGCCACCAAAAUCGCCAGAUAGAGAUCCCUUCAAUAUCUCUAAUGAUGUAUACUAUCAAGCGAAGUCCCAGAACCCUCGGCUGAAAGUGGGCGGCGGACAGCUUAUCCAGCACAGCACGCCGGUGGUGGAGCUGCGCGCGCCGUUCAUCCAGACGCACAUGGGCCCGGCGCGGCUGCGCGCCUUCCACCGGCCGCCCAUGCGCAAGCUGUCCUACGGGCCGCUCGCCGCGCACGGCCCGCACCCCGUGCAGCCGCUGCUUAAACAUAUCAAAAAGAAAGCCAAGCAACGUGAAGCUGAACGUCUGGCUUCGGGUGGUGGUGACGUGUUCUUUAUGCGAACUCCUGAAGACUUGAGCGGUCGCGACGGUGAACUUGUGCUGGUAGAGUUUUGCGAAGAGCAUCCACCCCUCAUCAGUCAAGUCGGCAUGUGUUCAAAAAUUAAGAAUUAUUAUAAGCGUACUGCUGCCAAGGAUGAUGGUCCGAAACCGCUGAAGUACGGCGAAGUAGCAUACGCACACACUUCACCGUUCUUGGGAAUAUUGCCGCCGGGGGCGACCCAGCCCGUCAUAGAGAACAACAUGUACAGAGCGCCUAUUUACGACCACACCUUAGCGCAAAAUGACUUCCUCAUCAUAAGGACCCGACAAGCUUACUAUAUUCGUGAAGUGGAUGCUCUCUUCGUGGCUGGUCAAGAAUGCCCUUUAUAUGAGGUGCCUGGUCCCAACUCUAAGAGAGCUAAUAAUUUUGUGCGAGACUUUUUACAGGUGUUCAUAUACCGAUUGUUCUGGAAAUCUCGCGAUAAACCUCGUCGUAUAAAAAUGGAUGACAUCAAAAGAGCUUUCCCCUCGCACUCUGAGAGCUCCAUUAGGAAGCGUCUCAAACUAUGUGCUGAUUUCAAACGUACUGGCUUGGAUUCUAAUUGGUGGGUAAUAAAACCUGAUUUUCGCCUGCCAUCCGAAGAAGAAAUACGCGCCAUGGUAUCACCAGAACAGUGCUGUGCAUACUUCAGUAUGGCAUCCGCAGAACAGAGGCUCAAAGACGCCGGUUAUGGAGAGAAGUUCAUAUUUACACCGCAAGAGGAUGACGAUGAAGAGAUGCAACUGAAGAUGGAUGAUGAGGUAAAAGUGGCUCCCUGGAAUACAACUCGCGCCUACAUUCAAGCAAUGCGUGGCAAAUGUCUGUUGCAACUGACUGGACCGGCGGAUCCAACAGGCUGCGGGGAAGGGUUCUCGUACGUGCGAGUGCCAAACAAGCCGACACAACAGCCCAACGAGGAACAGCAGCCCAAGAGAACCGUGACGGGAACUGAUGCAGAUUUGAGAAGACUGAGUUUGAAUAAUGCCAAAGCUUUGUUGAGAAAGUUUGGAGUGCCCGAAGAGGAGAUUAAAAAACUGUCCCGUUGGGAGGUCAUUGAUGUAGUGCGAACACUAUCGACUGAAAAAGCUAAGGCCGGCGAAGAAGGUAUGACGAAGUUUUCAAGAGGAAACAGAUUUUCUAUCGCUGAGCAUCAAGAGAGGUACAAAGAAGAAUGCCAACGUAUAUUUGAACUACAGAACCGGGUACUGACGAGUACAGAAGUGCUAAGUACUGACGAGGCCGAGAGCUCCGUGAGCGAAGAAUCUGAUUUGGAAGAAAUGGGGAAAAAUCUUGAAAACAUGCUUGCGAAUAAGAAAACUACUGAACAGUUAUCUCUGGAGAGAGAAGAAGCUGAGAGAGCUGAACUGAGAAAAAUGAUCAUGGGACAAUCUGAAAAGAAGCCGCAAAUCAACCAAACGGAUCAGCAACAAUCAUCUAGCCAAGGUCGCGUACUCCGUAUCGCUCGCACUUUCCGCAACGCGUCCGGCCAGCGCUACACUCGCGUGGAGUUAGUGCGCAAGGCGGCAGUCAUUGAAGCGUACAUGAAGAUACGCUCCACCAAGGACGAUACCUUCAUACGACAGUUUGCAACCAUGGACGAGUCGCAGAAGGAGGAGAUGAAGAGAGAAAAGAGAAGAAUUCAGGAACAACUGCGACGUAUCAAGAGAAAUCAAGAGAGGGAAAGGCUUGCCGGCAACGUCACUGUCCCCGCGCCAUUUCCAGACGUUAAACCUUUUGGUGCCAGUUUAUCUACGUCUUUGGAUUUGGGAUCCCCGUCACCGAGCAUGAUACCGCUCGGGCAAAUCAAAACCGAACCCGAUGUACAAACACCAUCAUCUUCACGACGCCGCGCGAAGCUAAAACCAGACUUAAAGUUGAAGUGCGGAGCCUGCGGUCAAGUAGGACACAUGCGUACAAACAAAGCUUGCCCUCUAUACACGGGCUCAAUGGGCGGCGGGCCGUCGUCUCCCAUAGAGCCGGAUGUAGAACCGCCACCACUUGACCCCUCGGAUGACGACAUGGGAUACGUCGAUGGCACUAAACUUACAUUAAACACUAAGAAUAUUAAGCAAUCUGCGGAAGAUCUGAAACGUCGCGGUAGUGGUCGUCGGUCAGGUGGGAUGGGCGGGCUGGGCUCGGAGGCUCGUGCCUUAGGGCGCCGCAACCGCCGCGGCACCGUCAGCGACGGCUGCGACUAUCUCGUCAAGCGGCCCGCCGAGCGACGCCGCACCGACCCGCUCGUCACCCUCUCCUCUCUACUAGAAGACGUGUUGAACCACAUGAGACAUCUGCCCGAUGUUCAACCUUUCUUAUUCCCGGUCAAUCAUAAGUUGGUGGCGGAUUACUACCGCAUCGUCUCGCGGCCUAUGGACCUGCAGACCAUCAGGGACAACCUCAGGCAGAAACACUACCAAAGUAGAGAAGAGUUCCUCGCCGAUGUCAACCAGAUUGUGGAGAACUCCACUCUUUAUAAUGGACCUACAAGUAGCCUGACAGUGGCUGCUCAGCGCAUGUUACAGCGGUGCGUCGAGAAGCUCGCUGAGAAGGAGGAACAACUUAUGAAGUUAGAGAAACAAAUCAAUCCCUUACUCGAUGAUAACGACCAGGUGGCGUUAUCAUUUAUAUUAGAGAAUCUACUCACUACAAAAUUAAAGGUGAUGCCGGAAGCAUGGCCGUUCUUAAAGCCUGUCAAUAAGAAGCAGGUGAAAGACUACUACAGCGUUAUAAAGAGGCCUAUUGAUAUGGAAACGAUGGGCAAAAAAAUACAAGCUCAUAAGUACCACAGCCGUAACGAUUUCCUACGCGAUAUACAAUUAUUAGUGGACAAUUGUCGCGCGUACAACGGACCCAACUCGCAAUUCACUCGCCAAGCUGAAGCUAUUCUGAAAGUUACUCAAGAUUCUCUUGAACAGUUUGGUGAGCACGUAAGCCAGCUGGAAGCGAACAUAGCUCGCGUACAACAGAAAAUGCUAGAAGAGGCCGACCAUUCAGACUUGGACGUCGAAGAGCCACCUACACCGCAGCCAGACUCGGAGAAAAAACGUGGCCGAGGACGGCCGAGAAAACAUAAACCAUCCACUUCUACUACACCCGGUGCGCCGCCAAGAAAACGAGGCCGGCCACGUAACGAUCAAAACUCGCUAGAAGAAGAUCUCCAGUAUUCGGAUAGCGGCAGUUCCGAAUUAGAAGAGGUAGAACAGAAAGUAGCUGCUGAAGCUAUGGUGCAGUUGUCUGUACGUCCACCAUACCCAGACGAUGAUGUGCCCAUGGGUGAGCCGAGCUUCGACACAUCUGAAUUCCUGAAGAUAAAGCGCGAGGUCCCAGAUGAACUACCUCCUCCUACGGAAGAUUUCGUAGAUUUGGAUCAACAUAGCACUGACUUCUCAUUUCCGCCUAUGACGACAGUCAAGGAGGAGCCUAUCGAGCCCGACAUCGCAAUGGAUCCACCAAUGAUGGACAAUGCAGAGAUUAUACCGCCGCCGCAGUUCAAAGAAGAACCGCAAGAGAAUUGGCAGCCUGAUCCGGCAAUACAAGAUGAUCUGCAAGUCACUGACAGUGAAGAAGAACCGGAAGAUGGACUAUGGUUUUAA